AUGCUCCGGACCAUCUCGAGGCUGCGGGAGGCGGCGGCGGUGCCGCUCUCCGCCGCCGUCCGGCGAUGCUCCGGCGGGCCCCGGAUCCACGCGGACGUCAACUGCCCGCGCUGCACGGGGCACAUGUCCGUGCAGCUCUCCGUGCAGCCCGUCCCUCCCCCGGGCCCCGACGGGGCCUCCCGCCACCACCACGACGGCUCCGGCGAGUGCCCCACCUGCCGCGCGGCCUUCCUCUUCCGCGCCCACCGGAUCGAGCCCCUGCGCGGCGCCUUCCUCGAGAUCCCCGGCGGCGUCGGCGGCGCCGACGAGGACAAGCACAGGGAGGGACUCCUCCGGAUCAAGAGGAUGAUCACCGAGCGCCCGCCCGACGAGUGGCCCCCCAUGCCGCAGCCGCCCCCGAUGCAGAUGCCGCAGGUCCCCUCGCGCCGGAAACAGGGGAGGAGGAGAGGGAGGGAGGAAGGCGGAGGAGGCGGGGGCGGUGGCGGUGGCGGUAACGGAGGUGACUCCUCUGGCGGAGAGGGCACCAGCGCCGCGCCUAAGAGGGAGUGGUGGGGAGGCGCCAGCCUCGGGGAGGAGCUCCCCACGCCGCGGGAGAUGUCCCGCAGGCUCGACGAGUUCGUCAUCGGCCAGGGAAAAGCUAAAAAGGUUCUAUCAGUAGCUGUAUACAACCAUUAUAAGAGAAUAUAUAACGCAACUGUACAGAAAGGAUCUGCGGCCAAUUCUGGGUAUCCCGACACUACAGAUGAUGAGCAAAAUAAUGUAGAGAUAGAUAAAAGCAAUGUACUUCUGAUGGGUCCAACUGGCUCAGGAAAAACAUUGCUCGCAAAAACAUUAGCACGCAUUGUAAAUGUACCAUUCAUUAUAGCUGAUGCGACUUCAUUAACACAGGCUGGAUAUGUAGGUGAAGAUGUAGAGUCAAUACUUCAGAAAUUACUAGUGGAGGCCGAAUAUAACGUUCAAGCUGCACAGCAAGGGAUAGUGUACAUAGAUGAAGUAGAUAAGAUAACAAAGAAGGCUGAGAGUGCAAAUGUUAGUAGAGAUGUAUCUGGUGAAGGUGUUCAACAGGCUUUGUUAAAAAUCCUAGAAGGAACGGUUGUCACCAUUCCUGAAAAGGGAUCUCGCAAAAAUUCUCGCAAUGAUAGUAUACAGAUAGACACAAAAGACAUUCUUUUCAUAUGUGGCGGUGCUUUUGUAGAUUUGGAAAAGACUAUUUCUGAAAGACGACAAGAUUCAUCUAUAGGAUUUGGGGCACCCAUUCGUACAAACAUGAGAAGUUCCAGAGUGACCAAUCCAACGAUCACUUCAUCUUUGUUAGAAUCUGUUGAGAGUGGAGACCUUGCGAAGUAUGGCCUUAUACCAGAGUUCAUCGGACGCUUGCCAAUUCUAGUUAGUUUAGCAGCUCUGAACGAAGAUCAACUUGUUCAGGUUCUUACAGAACCAAAGAAUUCACUUUCGAGGCAAUACAGGAAAAUGUUCAGCCUGAACAAUGUUAAGCUGCACUUUACUGAUGGUGCUCUGAGAAUAAUAGCAAAGAAGGCCAUAGUCAGAAAUACAGGCGCACGUGGUCUAAGAGCUAUCUUAGAGAACUUCUUAUUGGAGGCCAUGUAUGAGAUCCCAGAUGAGAAAGCUGGAGAUGAGCGAGUAGAUGCUGUUGUGGUGGAUGAGGAGGCCAUCGGUUCUGUUGAUAGGCCUGGGUGCGGGGCUAAAAUUCUUCGAGGGGACGGUGCAUUGGGGCGGUACAUAACAAGAAGUAACAGCCUGAAUUCACCGGAAACUAACGAGGCGGAGGUCGAAGAUGCGUACAUGCUGUCAAGGAUCGUUAGCUUGUAAUUAACCUUACCAACACCGUAUAUCAUGUAAAAUGUCGCCCACUCACACCCCCAGUCAUUUUAACCAAUUUUCCUGUGAUAUAUUUAAGAUUCUGCUGAGGAUACGAGGAGCAGAGAUCUAGCGCGCCAUCAUAGUGUUGUAAUUGAUGUAAACAGGAGUUGCCUUUUGAUUGAGCAACCAUCCUGCUAUAAACAACAUGUUUCCCAUUCUUUCUGAUGCCCCCCAACCGGGCAGAUUAUAGUUGCUGUUGGCAAAGGUGUAAACACCAUUAACAUAAUAAGCAAGAGCAGUUUGCCCAGUAA